AUGUCGUCCCCUUCGUCCUCUCUGCGUAAGAGAGGCGGAAAGAAGGAGGCAUAUACGGCUCUUCCCUCUGACGAUGGCUCGUUGACUCCCGCGUCGCGCCCGGGGAAGGCCACCAAGCCCCAGUCGGAAUGGGAUUAUUGGCUGGCCAUGAUCGUUCUCACUGUGUUGGCUUUUGCGACUCGUUUCUACCGCAUUGAUUAUCCUAACGAGGUCGUCUUUGACGAGGUUCAUUUUGGAAAGUUUGCCUCAUACUAUUUGCAACGCAUGUACUUCUUCGAUGUCCACCCUCCGUUCGGAAAGCUGCUCUUCGCCUUUAUGGGCUGGUUGGUUGGAUACGAUGGCCACUUCUUCUUCGAGAACAUUGGUGACUCGUACAUUGAGAACAAUGUGCCCUACCUGGCUCUCCGUGCUAUGCCUGCCACUCUUGGCGCCCUGACAAUUCCUGUUGUGUUUUUGACUAUGUGGGAAUCAGGCUACUCGCUGCCGGCCUGUGUGCUGUCUGCUGGUCUUAUGGUCUUUGACAAUGCUCAUGUGGGCGAGGAUCGGCUGAUCCUCCUGGAUUCCACCCUAGUUCUGUCAAUGGCUCUGAGUGUGCUGUGCUAUGUCAAGUUCUACAAGUUGCGACACGAGCCCUUUGGACGCAAGUGGUGGAAGUGGUUGCUUCUGACCGGAUUCUGCAUGAGCUGCGUCAUUUCGACCAAGUACGUUGGCUUCUUCACUUUCGUGACCGUUGGUGCCGCCGUCAUGAUCGACCUGUGGAACCUUUUGGAUAUCAACCGCCCCCAGGGUGCUCUUGAUAUGGUCACUUGGGUCAAGCACUUUGUCGCUCGCGGCGUUGCGCUCGUCGUUAUUCCCUUCUUUUUCUAUCUCUUCUGGUUCCAGGUCCACUUUGCUGUUCUCACCCGGUCUGGACCCGGUGACGAGUUUAUGUCCCCUGAGUUCCAGGAGACAUUGAGCGACAACGCGAUGACCGCCCAGUCCGUCGGUGUCCAAUACUUUGACAGUAUUAGCAUGCGUCACAAGGACACCAAGGUCCUUCUCCACAGCCACUGGGAGACCUACCCGCUGCGAUAUGACGAUGGCCGUAUCUCUAGCCAGGGCCAGCAGGUGACCGGAUACCCCCACAACGACACCAACAACUUCUGGCAGAUUCUGCCCACCAAGCCCCUGCCGGAAGAUGGCAAUCCUGCGAGUGUGCUGAACGGAGACAUCAUCCAGCUCCGUCACGUCGGCACUGACUCUUUCCUCCUGACGCACGACGUCGCCUCACCAUUCUUCCCGACCAACCAGGAAUUCACCACUAUCUCAAAGGAGCUGGCCGCUGGCGAACGCCACAACGACACACUCUUCGAGCUGAAGAUCGAGAAUGGCAAGCCCUCCCAGGAGUUCCGUACUUUUGCCAGCUUGUUCAAACUUAUUCACGUUCCCACUCGGGUGGCUAUGUGGACACACACAACUCCACUUCCCGAUUGGGGUUUCAAGCAAGCUGAGAUCAAUGGUAACAAGAAUAUCCUGCAGUCCAGCAAUGUAUGGUUCGCCGAGACCAUUGACGGGUUGGACCCGGAAAGCCCUCGCCUCGAGCGGCAGGAGCGCAAGCCCAAGUCAAUGUCCUUCCUGCGCAAGUACUUUGAGCUGCAGGGUGCUAUGUUCCACCACAACAACGCUCUCACCAGCAGCCACCCCUAUGCUACCGAGCCCUUCCAGUGGCCAUUCCUGUUGCGCGGUGUGAGCUUCUGGACCAAGAAUGAGACCCGUGAACAGAUCUACUUCCUCGGUAACCCCAUUGGAUGGUGGAUUGCCAGCAGUCUGCUGGCCGUGUUUGCCGGCAUUGUGGGAGCUGACCAGCUUUCCCUCCGCCGUGGUGUUGAUGCGUUGGAAGAAAUCUGGGGUCCUGGCACCCGCUCGCGUCUGUACAACAGCACUGGAUUCCUGUUCCUGUGCUGGGCCGCCCACUACUUCCCCUUCUGGCUGAUGGGCCGUCAGCGCUUCCUGCACCACUACCUGCCCUCUCAUCUAGCUUCAACCAUGGUGACUGGCGCGCUGAUCGAGUUCAUCUUCAACCUGCAGCCCCUCGAUCCCGAGACGGCCGAGGCUCCGGUGGAUGACCCGUCAGGCAAGGCCAAGGGCAAGGUGAGUCGCAGCCUUCGCCGAUUCAUAACAGCGAGGGAGCGCAUGGGUACCCGGUCGCUCGUUGCAGGAUGGGCGGCCACCGCGGUCAUUCUGGGAGCCACCAUCUGGGGCUUCUGUUUCUAUGCACCGCUGACCUACGGCCUUCCCGGUCUGGACGUGGAGGGCGUGAAUGCCCGCAAGUGGUUGAACUACGAUCUCCACUUCGCCAAAUAA